CAUGCCAGAAAGUAUUGGUGGAUCUUUUGGUAUCUUUGAUGAGUUCAAGAACAUGUUCAGAAGAGCUAACCCUUCUUUUGAGAAUAUUUCUGGAGAAAUCUCCUUGCACAAAAAUUCUUCUUCUAGGUAUUCUGAAAAUUAUUGAAAGUGAUACUACUAUGAGCCCUUCACAGUAUCUAACCUUCCCUUUACUGCACACUCCAAAUUUAAGCAACGGUGUUUCAUCACAAAAGUAUCCUGGGAUUUUAAACAGUAAGGCCAUGGGUUUAUUGAGAAGAGCACGAGUUUCACGGAGCAAGAAAGAGGCUGAUAGAGAGAGUUUUCCCCAUCGGCUGCUUUCAUCUUGGCACAUAGCCCCAGUCCACCUGCCGUUGCUGGGGCAAAACUGCUGGCCACACCUAUCAGAAGGUUUCAGUGUUUCACUGUGGUUUAAUGUGGAGUGUAUCCAUGAAGCUGAGAGUACCGCAGAAAAAGGAAAGAACAUAAAGAAAAGAAACAAAUCAUUAAUUUUACCAGAUAGCAGCUUUGAUGGUACAGGGAGCGACAGACCGGAAGGUGCAGAGUACAUAAAUCCUGGUGAAAGACUCAUAGAAGAAGGAUGUAUUCAUAUAAUUUCACUGGGAUCCAAAGCGUUGAUGAUCCAAGUGUGGGCUGAUCCCCACAAUGCCAGUUUUAUCUUUCGUGUGUGCAUGGAUUCAAAUGAUGACGUGAAAGCUGUUUUACUAGCACAGGUUGAAUCACAGGAGAAUAUUUUCCUCCCAAGCAAAUGGCAACAUUUAGUACUCACCUACUUACAGCAGCCCCAAGGGAAAAAGAAGAUUCAUGGGAAAAUCUCCAUAUGGGUCUCUGGACAGAGGAAGCCUGAUGUUACUUUGGAUUUUAUGCUUCCAAGAAAAACAAGUUUGUCAUCUGAUAGCAAUAAAACAUUUUGCAUGAUUGGCCAUUGUUUAUCAUCCCAAGAAGAGUUUUUGCAGUUAGCUGGAAAAUGGGACCUGGGAAAUUUGCUUCUCUUCAAUGGAGCUAAGGUUGGUUCACAAGAGGCCUUUUAUCUGUAUGCUUGUGGGCCCAACCAUACAUCUGUAAUGCCAUGUAAGUAUGGCAAGCCAGUGAAUGACUACUCCAAAUAUAUUAAUAAAGAAAUUUUGCGAUGUGAACAAAUCAGAGAACUUUUUAUGACCAAGAAAGAUGUGGAUAUUGGUCUCUUAAUUGAAAGUCUUUCAGUUGUUUAUACAACUUACUGUCCUGCUCAGUACACCAUCUAUGAGCCAGUGAUUAGACUUAAAGGUCAAAUGAAAACCCAACUCUCUCAAAGACCCUUCAGCUCAAAAGAAGUUCAGAGCAUCUUAUUAGAACCUCAUCAUCUAAAGAAUCUCCAACCUACUGAAUAUAAAACCAUUCAAGGCAUUCUGCACGAAAUUGGUGGAACUGGUGUAUUUGUUUUUCUCUUUGCUAGGGUCAUUGAACUCAGUAGCUGUGAAGAAACUCAAGCAUUAGCACUGCGAGUUAUACUCUCAUUAAUUAAAUACAACCAACAAAGAGUACAUGAAUUAGAAAAUUGUAAUGGACUCUCUAUGAUUCAUCAGGUGUUGAUCAAACAAAAAUGCAUUGUUGGGUUUUACAUUUUGAAGACCCUUCUCGAAGGAUGCUGUGGUGAAGAUAUUAUUUAUAUGAAUGAAAAUGGAGAGUUUAAGUUGGAUGUAGACUCUAAUGCUAUAAUCCAAGAUGUUAAGCUGUUAGAGGAACUGUUGCUUGACUGGAAGAUAUGGAAUAAAGCAGAGCAAGGUGUUUGGGAAACUUUGUUAGCGGCUCUAGAAGUCCUCAUCAGAGCAGAUCACCACCAGCAGAUGUUUAAUAUUAAGCAGUUAUUGAAAGCUCAAGUGGUUCAUCACUUUCUACUGACUUGUCAGGUUUUGCAGGAACACAAAGAGGGGCAACUCACACCCAUGCCCCGAGAGGUUUGUAGAUCAUUUGUGAAAAUUAUAGCAGAAGUCCUUGGAUCUCCUCCAGAUUUGGAAUUAUUGACAAUUAUCUUCAAUUUCCUUUUAGCAGUUCACCCUCCUACUAAUACUUACGUUUGUCACAAUCCCACGAACUUCUACUUUUCUUUGCACAUAGAUGGCAAGAUCUUUCAGGAGAAAGUACAGUCAAUCAUGUACCUGAGGCAUUCCAGCAGUGGAGGAAGGUCCCUUAUGAGCCCUGGAUUUAUGGUAAUAAGCCCAUCUGGUUUUACUGCUUCACCAUAUGAAGGAGAGAAUUCCUCUAGUAUUAUUCCACAACAGAUGGCCGCCCAUAUGCUGCGUUCUAGAAGCCUACCAGUAUUCCCUACUUCUUCACUACUAAUGCAAUCACAAAAACUGACUGGAAGUUUGGGUUGUAGUAUUGACAGGUUACAAAAUAUUGCAGAUACUUAUGUUGCCAUCCAAUCAGAGAAACAAAAUUCUUUGGGGAGUUCCGACACACUGAAAAAAGGCAAAGAGGAUGCAUUCAUCAGUAGCUGUGAGUCUGCAAAAACUGUUUGUGAAAUGGAAGCUGUUCUUUCAGCCCAAGUCUCUGUCAGUGAUGUCCCAAAAGGAGUGCUGGGAUUUCCAGUGGUCAAAGCAGAUCAUAAAGAGUUGGGAGCAGAACCCAGGUCAGAAGAUGACAGUCCUGGGGAUGAGUCCUGCCCACGCCGACCUGAUCACCUAAAGGGGUUGGCCUCCUUCCAGCGAAGCCACAGCACUGUUGCAAGCCUCGGGCUAGCCUUUCCUUCACAGAAUGGAUCUGCAGCUGUUGGCCGUUGGCCAAGUCUUGUUGAUAGAAACACUGAUGACUGGGAAAACUUUGCCUAUUCUCUUGGUUAUGAGCCAAAUUACAUCCGAACUGCAAGUGCUCACAGUGUAACUGAAGACUGUUUGGUACCUAUAUGCUGUGGAUUAUAUGAACUCCUAAGUGGGGUUCUUCUUAUCCUGCCUGAUGUUAUGCUUGAAGAUGUGAUGGACAAGCUUAUUCAAGCAGAUACACUUUUGGUCCUCAUUAACCACCCGUCACCAGCUAUACAACAAGGUGUUAUUAAACUAUUAGAUGCAUAUUUUGCUAGAGCAUCUAAGGAACAAAAGGAUAAAUUUCUGAAGAAUCGUGGAUUUUCCUUGCUAGCCAACCAGUUGUAUCUUCAUCGAGGAACUCAAGAAUUGUUAGAAUGCUUCAUUGAAAUGUUCUUUGGUCGACAUAUUGGCCUUGAUGAAGAAUUUGAUCUGGAAGAUGUGAGAAAUACGGGACUGUUUCAGAAGUGGUCUGUCAUUCCUAUUCUAGGACUAAUCGAGACCUCUCUGUAUGACAACAUACUCUUGCAUAAUGCUCUUUUACUUCUUCUCCAAAUUUUAAACUCCUGUUCUAAGGUAGCAGAUAUGUUGCUGGAUAAUGGUCUACUCUAUGUGUUAUGUAAUACAGUAGCAGCCCUGAAUGGAUUAGAAAAGAACAUUCCCGUCAGUGAAUAUAAAUUGCUUGCGUGUGAUAUACAGCAACUUUUCAUAGCAGUUACAAUUCAUGCUUGCAGUUCCUCGGGCUCACAAUAUUUUAGGGUUAUUGAAGACCUUAUUGUAAUGCUUGGAUAUCUUCAAAAUAGCAAAAACAAGAGGACACAAAAUAUGGCUGUUGCACUACAGCUUAGAGUUCUCCAGGCUGCUAUGGAAUUUAUAAGGACCACCGCAAAUCAUGACUCUGAAAACCUCACAGAUUCACUCCAGUCACCUUCUGCUCCCCAUCAUGCAAUAGUUCAAAAGCGGAAAAGCAUUGCUGGUCCUCGAAAAUUUCCACUUGCUCAAACUGAAUCGCUUCUGAUGAAAAUGCGUUCGGUGGCAAAUGAUGAGCUUCAUGUGAUGAUGCAACGGAGAAUGAGCCAGGAGAACCCUAGCCAGGCGACUGAAACGGAACUUGCACAGAGACUACAGAGGCUCACCGUUUUAGCAGUCAACAGGAUUAUUUAUCAAGAGUUUAAUUCAGACAUUAUUGACAUUUUGAGAACUCCAGAAAAUGUAACUCAAAGCAAGACCUCAGUUUUCCAGACUGAAAUUUCUGAGGAAAAUAUGCAUCAUGAACAGUCUUCUGUUUUCAAUCCAUUUCAGAAAGAAAUUUUUACAUAUCUGGUAGAAGGAUUCAAAGUAUCUAUUGGUUCAAGUAAAGCCAGUGGUUCCAAGCAGCAAUGGACUAAAAUUCUGUGGUCUUGUAAGGAGACCUUCCGAACGCAGCUUGGGAGACUCCUAGUGCAUAUUUUGUCACCAGCCCACACUGCACAAGAGAGAAAGCAAAUUUUUGAAAUACUUCAUGAACCAAAUCAUCAGGAAAUACUGCGAGACUGUCUCAGCCCAUCCCUACAACAUGGAGCCAAGUUAGUUUUGUAUUUGUCAGAGUUGAUACAUAAUCACCAAGAUGAAUUGACUGAAGAAGAGCUAGACACAGCAGAACUACUUAUGAAUGCUUUGAAGUUAUGUGGUCACAAGUGCAUCCCUCCCAGUGCAUCAACAAAAGCAGACCUUAUUAAAAUGAUCAAAGAGGAACAAAGGAAAUAUGAAACUGAAGAAGGAGUGAAUAAAGCUACUUGGCAGAAAACGGUUAAUAAUAAUCAACAAAGUCUCUUUCAGCGUCUGGAUUCAAAAUCAAAGGAUAUAUCUAAAAUAGCUGCAGAUAUCACCCAGGCAGUGUCUCUCUCCCAAGGAAUUGAGAGAAAAAAGGUGAUCCAGCACAUUAGAGGAAUGUAUAAAGUAGAUUUGAGUGCCAGCAGACACUGGCAGGAACUUAUUCAGCAACUGACACAUGAUAGAGCAGUAUGGUAUGACCCCAUCUACUAUCCAACUUCAUGGCAGUUGGAUCCAACAGAAGGACCAAAUCGAGAGAGGAGACGUUUACAGAGAUGUUAUUUAACUAUUCCAAAUAAGUAUCUCCUUAGGGAUAGACAAAAAUCAGAAGAUGUUGUCAAACCACCACUCUCUUACCUAUUUGAAGACAAAACUCAUUCUUCUUUCUCUUCUACUGUCAAAGACAAAGCUGCAAGUGAAUCUAUAAGAAUAAAUCGAAGAUGUAUCAGUGUUGCGCCAUCUAGAGAGACAGCUGGUGAAUUGUUACUAGGUAAAUGUGGAAUGUAUUUUGUGGAAGAUAAUGCUUCUGAUACAGUUGAAAGUUCGAGCCUUCAGGGAGAGUUAGAACCAGCAUCAUUUUCCUGGACAUAUGAAGAAAUUAAAGAAGUUCACAAGCGCUGGUGGCAAUUGAGAGAUAAUGCUGUAGAAAUCUUUCUAACAAAUGGCAGAACACUCCUGUUGGCAUUUGAUAACACCAAGGUUCGUGAUGAUGUAUACCACAAUAUACUCACAAAUAACCUCCCUAAUCUUCUGGAAUAUGGUAACAUCACUGCUCUGACAAAUUUAUGGUAUACUGGACAAAUUACUAAUUUUGAAUAUUUGACUCACUUAAACAAACAUGCUGGCCGAUCCUUCAAUGAUCUCAUGCAGUAUCCUGUGUUCCCAUUUAUACUUGCUGACUAUAUUAGUGAGACACUUGACCUCAAUGAUCCGUUGAUAUAUAGAAAUCUCUCUAAACCUAUAGCUGUUCAGUAUAAAGAAAAAGAAGAUCGUUAUGUGGACACAUACAAGUACUUGGAGGAAGAGUACCGCAAAGGAGCCAGGGAAGAUGACCCCAUGCCUCCCGUGCAGCCCUAUCACUAUGGCUCCCACUAUUCCAACAGCGGGACUGUGCUUCACUUCCUGGUCAGGAUGCCUCCUUUCACUAAAAUGUUUUUAGCCUAUCAAGAUCAAAGUUUUGACAUUCCAGACAGAACUUUUCAUUCUACAAAUACAACUUGGCGACUCUCAUCUUUUGAAUCUAUGACUGACGUGAAAGAACUUAUUCCAGAGUUCUUCUAUCUUCCAGAGUUCCUAGUUAACCGUGAAGGUUUUGAUUUUGGUGUGCGUCAGAAUGGUGAACGGGUUAAUCACGUCAACCUUCCGCCUUGGGCACGUAAUGAUCCUCGUCUUUUUAUCCUCAUCCAUCGGCAGGCUCUAGAGUCUGACUGCGUGUCCCAGAACAUCUGUCAGUGGAUUGACUUGGUGUUUGGUUAUAAGCAAAAGGGGAAGGCUUCUGUUCAAGCAAUCAAUGUUUUUCAUCCUGCUACAUAUUUUGGAAUGGAUGUCUCUGCAGUUGAAGAUCCGGUUCAGAGAAGAGCGCUAGAAACCAUGAUAAAAACCUAUGGGCAGACUCCCCGUCAGCUGUUCCACACAGCCCAUGUGAGCAGACCUGGAGCCAAGCUCAAUAUUGAAGGAGAGCUUCCAGCUGCUGUGGGGUUGCUAGUGCAGUUUGCUUUCAGGGAGACCCGAGAACAAGUCAAAGAAAUCACCUAUCCGAGUCCUUUGUCAUGGAUAAAAGGCUUGAAAUGGGGGGAAUACGUGGGUUCCCCCAGUGCUCCAGUACCUGUGGUCUGCUUCAGCCAGCCCCACGGAGAAAGAUUUGGCUCUCUCCAGGCUCUGCCCACCAGAGCAAUCUGUGGUUUGUCACGGAAUUUCUGUCUUCUGAUGACAUAUAGCAAGGAACAAGGUGUGAGAAGCAUGAACAGUACGGACAUUCAGUGGUCAGCCAUCCUGAGCUGGGGAUAUGCUGAUAAUAUUUUAAGGUUGAAGAGUAAACAAAGUGAGCCUCCAGUAAACUUCAUUCAAAGUUCACAACAGUACCAGGUUACUAGUUGUGCUUGGGUGCCUGACAGUUGCCAGCUGUUUACUGGAAGCAAAUGCGGUGUCGUCACAGCCUACACAAACAGAUUUACAAGCAGCACGCCAUCAGAGAUAGAAAUGGAGACUCAGAUACAUCUCUAUGGUCACACAGAAGAGAUAACCAGCUUAUUUGUUUGCAAACCAUACAGUAUACUGAUAAGUGUGAGCAGAGACGGAACCUGCAUCAUAUGGGAUUUAAACAGGUUAUGCUAUGUACAAAGUCUGGCGGGACACAAAAGCCCUGUCACGGCUGUCUCUGCCAGUGAAACCUCAGGUGACAUUGCUACUGUGUGUGAUUCAG